AUGCGUCUAACGUGCAUUGGUGUAGUAGUGGUUACACGCUCGCAUCGCGUGUCAGAUGUCCGGGGUUGGAAUCCCGGCACGGCCACUGGAUAUGCUCUGCUGAUGAGCUCUAAUAAGAGCGAAACUCGAGUCCAGUGCUUCCCUUUGACACCUUGUGAUGGUGCUUGUCAUAAUCGGGUUGCAAGGAACCCGCAAAACAUCCCCGCCGCCUUGGUUACGCCGUCUCCAAGAGCACCAACUUUGAUCUCCCUCAUCAAACCUGACCCAAUCGACCUUCGGGAGCGCCCAGCAACUGUGAUAGUGAUAAGUAUAAUCUCGGAUGGGCGCGGAGUGACUGUGUGGAAUGGAAAAAAGCAGAAGUAUGUUACUGCUUUAUAUUUGAUCGCCAUAAUCCCAGCCUUACGUGUAAUUGAUUGCGAGGUCGACUUUUUGGUCCACCAACAAAUGAUCAUCUCUUAUCGAGGGAUCUGCUUCCCUCAAUCGGCCAAGGCUGUUAUUGGACUGGGACUUCCUUGGGUCACAGCCACUGACUUGUGUUCGCCCCUCAUUGUUAGCUCUCUGCGUACCUGCGACACAUUUAUGCUUGGUAAAUGA